CUCUUACCUUCGAAUGCACGCCUUCCCAACUCUUUUGGUCUUUUUUUUCCUACAUAUAUAGCACGCCACUCCGCACCUCUCGCCUCUAUUUCCAUUCAAUUCACAAACACAAAAACGACCUCGAACACAAUAUACCAAAACCAUGUCCACCGAUCUCGAAUUCUUACACGACCUCUCCAAAUCCAAAACCAAAACCAAACUACUCACGGUCAAGACUACUCGAACUACAUCAUCAUCAACAACACCUCAAGUGGGUGGCUUCAACGAUAAUAUUGGUGCCAACAACAACAACAACAACAACAACGUAGUCGAGACACAAAAUAAGAAUAUUAAUGUCGAGGAGGAUGACAACAAAGAGGAGGAGGAGGACUGUUGUCGAACACCAACAUCCAAGGAACAUAGAAUUCCUAAGAUCCUAGAUUGUCCCCCGGCGCCACGGAAGCCAAAAAGAGCACCCACAUGCAAAAGAAAACUCUCCGAGCUUCAAUUCUUCGAGAUCGUGAACCGCGAAGAGGUCGAUUCGUUUUUCAGAUCGAGUUUCGAGCAGUUAGCUGUUAUUACGUCUAACAAGAGGAACUGUUGCUCGUGUAAAUGAAGAAGAAGAAGAAGAAGAAGAAGAAGAAGAAGAAGAAAAAUACAGCUCGCCAGGGUUGAAAAUUUUACACGACUAUUUGUUUUCUUUUUCUUUUUAAAAAUUUUUUUUUCGUUAUAUAUAAUUUGUAAUGCUGGGUAUAUGGUUGACGUGUUCAUAUAUAUAUAUCCAUCCCACUUCUGCAUAAGAUUUGGAUUCUGGGUCCUAAUGGGUGUCUGAAGUUUUAGAUUAUUUGGGAUCUGAACCCUCUUGGUCAUAUAAAUUAAUUAAAUUAUGCAUUUUAUGUAUUUCAUUUUA